AUGCAGUCCAGUGCCUUCCACCAAGCAGCAGUAGAGUCACUGACUCCAGCGCCGUAUGGACGAGCAUGCGUGGCUUGUUCCCGAGCCAAAUGCAAAUGUUUCUAUCGGUCUGACGGCUCAGGAUGUGAGAGGUGCCAUCGUCUUGCCAAGGCUUGUGAACAACCGGUAUCUAUACGUAAGCGCAGAGCUCAAAAGGCUUCCUCUCGAUCAGCGCAGUCACCACCGCCCCGUAAUCUACUGGAAGAAAAGCUGGACAACGUGAUAUCCCUUUUGCGCUCCCAGGCGUCCACCAAACAGCCCGUCGAACAAAUCCUUGAAGUUAGGCCUGGCAAUGACGACACUCCAUCAACAGUGAGAUCGCCAGAUGGGCCUAUCGUUCCUUCGAUUGGGCGUGGAUCAGAAGUCGUUAUUGACACGACUGAAAGCGUCGUUCAUCUAUUUCGGCCAACCGAAACCCCAAAUGACCCACCGUCGAUGGCGCCCAGUCCUCCAUCACCAAUUGCGGGUGAUAUACCUACUGAUACUGCCACGGAGUGGGAGGCUGAGGAGCAAUUAGCAACGUUUCGUCGUGCUUUUAUCCCCAUGUUUCCAUUCAUACACAUUCCAAACACAUCAUCUGCCUCCGAUUUACGCAGGGAGAAGCCUUUUGUUUGGCUUAUCAUCAUGGUGUUGACUACAAAGGUCGUUUCGAAGCAAUUCGAUCUUGCAGAUCACGUUUGGAAAAUUAUAUCCCGACGGGUCCUGUGUGAACAUCAUGCAAGCUUGGAUCUCCUUCUCGGCAUAAUUUGCUUUUGCUCAUGGUCGCAUCACUGUAAAAAAGAGAAGCCCUUCAUGACUAUGCUUACUCAGAUGGCCGUGUCGAUGGCUUUCGAACUUGACUUACACAAUGGAACAUCACCACGUGGCAGACCCAACAGUUUGACAGCCCACCAGACAUCCGCAAGGCUUGACCGGACCAUGGAAGAACGUCGCACAUUCGCUGCACUGUUUCAUCUUACCUCCGCGUGA